AUGAAAUGGAUACACCUGAUAUUUGGCUUUGCUUGUCCAUAAGAGUUUGUUUUCAGGUUAAAAAGGAAAAACAAAUAUUUACAUCGAUUGACGAAAGUGAAUUGCUCCGAUUUUAUUCCCCAUUUUCUCGUUUCUCUUUGAUGGUGUGUCCAGAAAGUUAAGCGAGUCAUCGGAUAGUCAAGUGGAACAUGUUGACUGUUGGUUCUUCUAUCCUUCACUCCACCCUCUAUUAAAAAACAAGAAAGUGGAAACAACAGUUGCAUAAAUGACUCUGAAAUGCAAAGUGAGUGGUCAAGGUAAAAUCGAAAGGCUUCUUUGCUAUAUAAUAGAGAGGAAAUGUUGGUAAAAGACUACCAGUUGCCAUCUCAUCAUCCUCAGCUCAACAGCUCCAACAGUUUAAACUAUUAGCCCAAUCAUUUCUAAUUAUUUAAAUAUUACAUCAAGAUUGAGUGACUCAAACCAAAGAUCAUUUCAUUCUCAGGUUUCCCAGUAAAAUGAGUUCAACUUUGUCCAUUCUUAUGCUGGUCUGCCUGAUGGCGGCCAUACACUUCCAGCCAAGUCACAGCAUCCGCCAGACAUCUACCAAUUUCAAUUUAGAGCAGCUCAUCCAGCAAGGACUUGGUGGCUUAAAAGAAAUGCACGACAAACACGUCGCAACUAAAAACGCACUGAUUUCAUCGCGAAAAUUCGGACUCGGCCUUAAAGCCGGCCUGUUGAAACCUCUCCUUUUAGUGGCGCUAGCCAAAAUUAAAUUCUCUCUCCUCUUUGGCAAACCUUUAGUCUUACUGGCCUUAAAGAAACUCUUACUCCAUGCAGUUUUGGGUAAAUUAUUACUCAAAAUCCCUUUGAUUUUACUUGGUGGCAAAGCUUUGUUGCUGACCAACAUCCUAGCCAUCAAAUUUGCGCUCAUCGCCAAAGGUUUGGUUGGUUUGAAAGCUUCAUUAGCUCUCCUCUUCCUCGGAGGAUUCUUGAAAGGCUCUUUAGGAGGACCAGGUUUGACUUUCAUUUUGGGCCUUGCCGGUUCCCUUCUCAAACUCACGGGACUCGGUGCGAAUCAAGAAGAACACGACGAGCCGAAUUUUUCAUCUCUGAUGCAAAAUUAUGUUCCUGCUCGUGUCCCAGUCUACGGUGCACCACCUCCAGGUAAAGCUGGAACUUCAAGUCCUGUUGUGUCUGCAUCGCCCAUCAUUAGCGGAAGCCUCGGAGUUAAAGAUUUCGGAAUCGGUAUUUCUGGUUUUGGAAACGGAGUCAACGGAUCCGGUGGGGGUUACAUCGGUAUUCGUGGAAAACGCGAAGCUAAAGAAGAAAAUGUCGGCGUGAAUGGUGAAGGGAUUGACGCAGAUUCACCUGAAGAUGUUCAGCUGGAAUUCGAAGCUGCGCGCACCAAUGGAAACGCUUACCUUUACAUUGCAGCGCAAUUUGACGAGCAAUCGUGCGGACAUCGUUUGAUAUGCGAAGUGUAUCAAAAGCCACGCGAAAGUCUGACGGAAGAUGAAAUUCUUUUGCAAAACAUUUUUGGUUACCCGCUGUCUCCGAUCAGUGAAGAGGAUAAAGGCACUCCGAAAGAAUCGUAUCACAUGGCGGCUCGGCUUGGUUAUUCGAAACAAGGAUGGGCCAGCAACCAAAUCUGCGCCCGUUCUUAUUCAACUUGUCCGUACAAUGCCCAACAGUUGAUCCAGAUUUUCGUGUCAGACGAUGUCCCUGCAGAUGAAAAUGAAUCUAACAAUCGACUCGUUGCACAGGCUUCUCAAACUGAUGUCCGUCUGCCUUUUUAUCAUCCUGGCCAGCCAACUACCGUUCCAGUCCAACAAUGGAUAUCAAAUGUCCAUCGAAAGCAGCCUCGUACUAGAAGUAUAUUUUAACGAAAUGAAGAACACUUUAAGACAAUCAAGAAAUUCUGGCAUAUGCAUAUUCACAAAAAUUAUCUUUUAAGUAAUUUAAUUACACAACAGACUAUACAGGCUACAUUCAUAUUCGUUUUGAUGUGAAGGUAGCAACUAUACCUAUCCUUA